AUGGACUUCUCUUCCUUCAUCUCAACCUCAUCCUCCAGCGACAUGUUCGCCACCACCACCAACACCAAGGAGACCUCCUCCUCCUCUGUCGUCAUCAUCGCCAACAACAACAACAACAACGGCGCAAGCAAUGGUAGCUUCGACGCCAGCAAAAGCAGCAAAAACAACAACAACGACAACAGCGCCACCACCUUCCCUACCGUCUACUUCAACACCGACAUGAGCAAUAACAACAACGACGACUCUGUCUCCCAGUUCUACUGGGACCAACUUUCCGCCGACACCAACGACCUCACUGGUCUUGACCUCACUCCGGAGCUUUCUCCCGAGAUGAGCAACUACUCUCCUGCUGUCGACUCUAUCGGAUCACCCUACACGUAUGAUCCCCUCGGCAGCUUUGGCGACGCAGCCAGCCCCUCCAUCGAAUGGCACUCGCCCAUCGAGGAUCCCCUCGCUGCCCUGAACUCUUUCGACGCCGACUUUGAUAAUGUCAGCUUCUCGCACGAGGCCGUUUGGGCUGCCCAACAGGAUUUCGAGCUCUUCCCUACCUAUAAGGAUGAAUCGGCCAAGCUCGAGCAACUCCUCAUGGAGUCUCACCCCGCAACCACAGCCAUGCCUGUCCUGUCUGCCCUGCCUACAAUCAAGGAAUCCCCCGUCGAGCCUACCUUUGGCGCCUUCUCGCCUGUCCUCUCUGACACCGUCUCGCCUGCCUUGACCACCUUCACCCCACAGGAGAUCAUUUGCCCUACCACCUUCUCGGAGGCCAAACUCCUCGGUCAAGAUAUGCAGGCGCCCAAUUAUCGUGUCGCUCCUAGAAAGGUGACCCAGUCGCCCACUAAGGUCGGCUUUCAGCCCCCCAAGAAGACUCGUCGCCGCCGUGUCACCUCGGAAGAGGCCUCUCGCGUGAUCCCCACUGAGCAGAUGGGUGACCCCAACGCUAGGCCUCGCUACAAGUGCUCCGAGUGCGGCAAGACCUUCUCGCGCCCCUUCAACCUGCGCUCCCACCGCGACACCCACUCGGGCUUCCGCCCCUUCGAUUGCCCCCACAAGGACAAGAGCGGCUCCAAGUGCAAGUGGUCCUUUGCUCGUCGUCACGACCUCGAGCGCCACAUCGUCAGCAAGCACACCAAGGGCAAGAACUUCCAAUGCCGUACCUGUGGCGUCGAGUGUACCCGAUCGGACGCCUUCAAGAGACAUUUGGCCCGCAACGAGCAGUGCAAUGCUGCGGAGGCCGCGGCCGACAUGGAGCUGGAUUCUGAUCAAGUGAGCCAUUUGUGA